CACACGCUUUGUCGCAAGCUGGCUCCUCGCUCUCCUGUCGACAGGAGGUCGACAGCAAUCGCAGAGGGACUUACAGGCCAUACUCCCUGCGCCUGACCCUGCUGCCUGGGCAGUCUUGGGCGUCCCUCCCCACAGCCCGAGGACCCCUUGGCCAAGAGGCAGCUGGCCCAGCAGGAUCGGCCAUGAGGAAGCUGAUGGGAGUGCUGGUCCUGAUGGCUGCAGCCUGUGCAGAGGAGCAGGACAAGCUGGUGCACGGCGGGCCCUGUGAGCGGACCUCGCACCCCUACCAGGCCGCCCUCUACACCUCGGGCCACUUGCUCUGCGGUGGGGUCCUCAUCCACCCGCUGUGGGUGCUCACCGCGGCCAUCUGCAGGAAACCCAAACUCCAGGUCUACCUGGGGAAGCACAACCUGCGGCAGACGGAGAGCUCCCAGGAGAAGACCCCUGUUGUCCGGACCGUGACCCACCCUGGCUAUGACGCUGCCACCCACGACCAGGACAUCAUGCUGCUGCGUCUGGCCCGCCCGGCCAACCUCUCCGAGAGCAUCCAGCCCCUGCCCCUGGAGAGGGACUGCUCGGCCCACCACAGCAGCUGCCAUAUCCUGGGCUGGGGCAAGACGGCCCACGGCGAUUUCCCGGACACCAUCCAGUGUGCGUACAUCCACCUGGUGCCCCGCGAGGAGUGCGAGCGCGCCUACCCCGGCCAGAUCACCCAGAGCAUGCUGUGUGCCGGGGACGAGAAGUACGGGACGGACUCCUGCCAGGGCGACUCUGGGGGUCCACUGGUGUGCGGAGACCGCCUCCGAGGCCUUGUUUCAUGGGGGAACAUUCCCUGUGGCUCGAAAGAGAAGCCAGGUGUCUACACGGAUGUCUGUAGAUAUGUCAACUGGAUCCAAAGAACGAUUCAGGCCAAGUGACCCCGACACGUGACAUCAACCCUUGACCUUCAACCCCACUGGCUGGCUCCAGACAACUCUUCACCUCCAGACCUUGCCCUCCCUCUGCCUGCGCAGACCUGACCCUGACGCUUGCUAAAGGCAAUGACACCAAGCACAGCCGCUCCCCGAACCCCGAACCCCGUCCGCUGAGAGCCAGAGGGUGCAGGAAGAGCCCCGGGAUCGCUCCCUCCCUGCUUCGUGUGUGCUUGGCUUCUUCCUGCAGAGCGGUGGCCACCAGCCUGACUAGGCCUGAGCUGUGGUCCCAGCUCCGCCCUGUACCCUCCUUCCUCCUUCCGGGUAGAGGGUUCCUCCGUCGGGUAGGGUGUGUCCUCCGUGUCCUCCGGUCUCACACGCC